UGGAUGAAGCAAUCAGAGUUUUGAAUACCAUGGUGGAGAGGGGCCUUCACCCUAAUGUUUUUAGCUAUACCAUUCUAAUCAAUGGAUAUUGCAAGAAAAUGAUAAUUGAUGAGGCCGUGCAUUUCUUUCGAGAAUUGCCUCGAAGGGGGUUGAAACCCGACAAUGGAACUUUCAGUGCUAUGUUAUGGGGUUUGUUUCAAACAGGUAGAUGUGGAGCUACUCAAGAACUUUUUAAUGAUAUGCAAGCUGCAGGCAUAAUUUCAAAUUCUCAAAUUUAUGCUUUCAUGUUGGAUGGGCUGUGCAGAAAGAAGAAUAUUUCCAAAGCAUUGUCAUUAUUCCACAUGAUGGAAAGGAAUGGUUUAGAUCUUAAUAUUGUUAUGCACAAUAUUCUCAUUGAUGCAUUUUGCAAGGAUAAAAAGCUUGAUAAUGCAAGGGCUUUUUUCAGUAACCUUUCUUCCAGGGGAUUACAACCUGAUGUUAAGACAUACACUACGAUGAUACAAGGUCUUUGUGAAGAAGGCCUACUGCAUGAUGCCAAAGAGUUGUUUGUUAAAAUGGAACAGAAUGGUUGUUUGCCAAAUGAUGUCACUUACAACACUAUUAUCCAAGGAUUUAUUGGACAACACAAGUGCUAUGAGGCAUUAAUACUCGUUGAGGAUAUGGUUCAAAGGGGUUUUUCAGCAGAUGCAUCCACUUUUCCCUUGAUUGUAGAUAUACUCUCAACUAAAGGACAAAAUCCUGCUCUCCAAGAAGUGAUAAAGAAGUUCAUGCCCAAAGAUAGUCGUGGAAUGCAAGAUAUUGAGUUAAGAAGAGAGAAUAAAUUUUAAGAAAAGCAAAGGUUGUUGUCCUGAUACACACAGUGAAAAGAAGCUAAUUGCCAAGACAUAUCUACAAGAAAGCUUAGAAGCAUUUUCAGGAACAAAGCUGCACAAGCAACUAAAGUCCAAUGCUGACGAAGCUCAGAUCAGUUUUACUUCCAGCAGUUGAGAAACAGCAUUUAACAGCAGAAUUCCAUACCUGGGAAGCUUUACUUGUCUUGCUGUGGAAUACCAUAAAGUUGCACACAAAUUUUCAUGUAAAUCUGAAUUCUGAGUUGGCUCAUUGACAUGGUUGUUUAGAUUUCCAGAGCUUGUUAAUACAAUGGCUAUUUGAUGUCUACACUGUAAUGUGGUGGUUGACCAAGCCUAUAUUUGAAACUGUCUUUUGAGCCAGUCGUUUUUAAUUAAUUUCAAGACUACUAUAUGUUAUUCAUCUUGUCCUUCAUUGCUCUCAAAUGAGGUGUCAUGUGUGCCAUAUGCAAGUUACGAUCAAAAUUAGUGAUGGUUAUGAACUAUUGUAGCAUUAGACAAUGGGCCAUUGUGGUGGUGUCGGGCUACCAAACUAUCAAAUUAAAGUUGGUUAAAACUUCUCGUAUUUUGUUAUGUUUCCAUUGUGGUAAAUUAUGUUACAAUCGCAGUGGUUCUUGGUUAAGAUGGACGU